GCAGGAAACACCUGGAGCUCACCUGGAGGCUCCGCAGCGCCGAGCUGAGGGUUCCUCGUGUCCCUGCGACAAGAAGAAGGAUUCCAGCUGAGGCCCAAUCACAGGAGGAGACGAGCUGCUGACCAAUCAUGUCCCUGAGAACUUUCAAAGAGAUGGCUCCAACUUCUGAUAGAAACUCCUCCAGGAUGUUUCCCUGCAGCGCUCUGCCGCCUCCUCUCUACCCGGGCUUACUGCCUCCUCCUGCGGGCUUCUCCUCUCCGCUGACCCGCUCCCUGCGCUCCGGCUUCCUGGUGGAGGAUCUGCUGCGGCUGAGCCAGCCCGUGUCCUACCUGCACCGGAGCCUCUCCUCCAGGGGCCCCGGGGACGUCCUCCAGCUCAGUCCGCGGCCGGCCGCCUCACCCCGGGCGUCGGGGCCGAGCACCGAGCCUCAGCCCGGUCAGCAGAGCCGCAGCGGCCCCGGGUCCCCGCAGACCUCCUGCCCGGACUCAGGGUUCCUCAAGUUCGGCGUCAAUGCGAUUCUGGCCCCGUCCACACGGAGCGUUCACAGCUUCCAGAAGUCGUUACCUUUCUUUGACGGAGGCCUUCAUCCUUUCAUCAGAGCCACUUAUCUCACAGCCUCCUCCUCUGUGAUCCCCGUCCCAGGGACCUUCUCAUGGCCCCUGGCCCCCAGAGGGAAGCCCAGGAGAGGCAUGCUGCGGCGGGCCGUGUUCUCCGACCUCCAGAGGAAGGCGCUGGAGAGAACCUUCCAGAAACAGAAAUACAUCAGCAAACCAGACAGGAAGAAGCUCGCCGGUAAACUGGGCCUGAAAGACUCGCAGGUGAAGAUCUGGUUUCAGAACCGCAGGAUGAAAUGGAGAAACUCGAAGGAGCGGGAGCUGCUGUCGACGGGCGGCUGCCGCCAGCAGACCCUCCCCACCAAGACCAACCCGCACCCGGACCUCACCGACGUCGGCAGCGCCACCUGCUGCCACCGGCUCGACAGGACGACACCCGACAGCCAGGAGUCACAUCUGCACCACCACAGUCGUCAUCAUCAUCAUCAUCUUCAUCAUCUUCAUCAUCAUCACAGCCCCUCGUGUCCAUCAGAGUCCAGCAAACAGUCGGAGCUCUCGGAGACGGACGGGGAAGAAAUCCACGUUUCGUAAAGAUUUUUAUAAAAAAGAGAAACUGUGACUCAGCGGAAGCUUGUGAGUGGACGUCAAAUCCAGAUGUGCCUCGUCCACAGCUGUCGGUCCUCGGUGCCAUAUUUCUGUACAGUGUUUGUAUCACAUUUAUAUGUACCUCAGUGUAUUUAUAUACAGUGAGGAAAGUAUGCUGAGCUCUUCUAGAUUUAAUAUUUGUAGAUUUUAAAUGUUCAACACUAUCCUGUACAAACGUUUCGUUCCAUACAUAUUUGUUUUCUUUAUAUUUUCUCAAAUAAAUCGUACAAACGUCUCGUGUCGUGAUGAGUUCAAGUGUCAGACGAGUGUCGGAAACUCUGCACUCACUAAACGUCCUCUGAUUCAGAGACGAUGCUGGAGAGACAAGUUUGAAUUGGACGACAGCUCACCAAGAGUCAUAAACCCCGCCUCCUCCACGUUAACAGACUGGACAUGAAAAGCUGCUUGGUCGAAAGUUCUAAUGUUUUCAAGUCAGGACACUUUCCAGAAACCUUCAAGAGGUUCUGUAUGUGAGAAAACAAAUGUCUGUCGGUUGCUCUGGACAUUUUCUGGAUGUUUUCCUGCAGCCGCACACGUAGGAGACGAAGACGUCAACUUGGAAAGACGAGGAGAUUCCAGAAAGAGCGUCUGUGUUCUUAAUGUGAAGGUGAAACUCAAAACUCUCCAGUUAAUGUUUGAGAACAGCCUGAGAUGGUUUCUGUGGUUUUAGUUCUUCUAACACUGACGUUUGCUGUGAACCCACAGGAGAGAGAAAAAUGAGACGCAGCUGUUCAAUGUUCGUGCAUCAAUAAAUAAAAUGAUGAUCAAACUUGAAGGAUUGUUAAAAAAAAAACAAGACUUUAUUGCCGUUUUCCACUAUGGAUUAUACAAGGGAAGCUGAGAGCAACAAUGAAAGACGAGAAUUAAAUACAAAAACUGUUAUUUAUGUUUUUCUUCACUCAACAUUCGGCUUCACAACCGGUGAAGAAACGAGGCCGACGCCCUCAUCGUCAUCGUCGUCA